AUGGCCGUGCUGGUGGAUCUGACCCACUGCUGCAGCACCGGAGUGUCUUUGCAGCAGGAAACGGACUCGCACAUCUUUCUGCUGUACGGGAAAACUCACCGGCGUGAAAACGGCUUUUCCGAGCCGUACCUGACCUCUCACAGGAGCCUGCACGUCCUGGACUCUGGGUCCACUGCGGAAUGUCUGUACCGACUCAAGCAGACCAUGGAUCAUCUGGACCUGAGCUCGAUCAGGGUCCUGACCACCGCACGGGGUAGGGAGGUGCUGGUUCGGUAUCAGGAGAUGCUCUUUACCGCCGUUUAUACCUUUGAUUACAAAGUGACGCCAGCUGACAAGCUUACCUGUUCGGGCUGCAGAGGCUCCGCCCACAUGGACUCACCGGAGGUUGAAGUGCAAGACGUGUCGGACUUUCUGCAGCAGCUGCCCGCUUUGAAAGGGAACAUCAGAAUCCUGAAGUCCACACUGAUCCCAGACUGCUUCGGCCACGGUUUCAGCACUCGUUCAGGUGGAGUUUCCUACAUCCCAACUCUAUCCUCAUUAAAUCUGUUCAGCAGCAGUAAGAGGAGGGACCCCGGGGCCGUGGUGGCAGAAAACAGACGCCGACUGGCCCUCCAUUCUGGCUUCCAUCCUCUUCCUCUACGUCUGGUCAAGGUGAACCAUGCCAGUGCCGUGUGGGUUUUGGGGAAACCCGAACCAGAAAGCUACGACUCCAUGGUGACCAACCAGAGGGGGGUUGUUCUGGCAGCUCCAGGUGCAGAUUGCAUGCCCAUCCUGUUUGCUGAUCCAGUAAAGAAGGUCAUUGGUGCCGCUCAUGCAGGUUGGAGAGGGACAGUGAUGGGCGUGGCCACAGCAACUGUGGAUGCCAUGGUGACAAAUUUUGGUUGUCGGCACAGCGACAUCGUGGUGGCGGUUGGGCCAUCUGUGGGGGCGUGCUGCUUCACGCUAGACAAAGAGCAGGCAGCAGACUUUAUUACCCUACAUCCAGACUGUGUACCUGAUCCAGAGUCAGCAAAACCACAUGUGGACAUCCGCCUCGCAAACAGAGUUCUCCUUCAGCAAUGUGGCAUCCUUCCAGACCACAUCCAUGACAACAUGGUGAUGGACCGGCCCUCUGUGACGCCCUGUACCUCCUGUAACCCAGAGGACUUCUUCUCCCACGUCAGAGAUGGAGUCAACUUUGGCACCCAAGUGGGCUUCCUGUGGAUGACUGUAGAACAAGGCGGAGCUCCAGGGAGCCAAACAGGUCGAGAGGAGGGAUUAUAGCACACGAAAAUAAACGAAACCAUGAUUGUUGACAACUUCUUUUUGCAUCUAACCCAGUGGCUCAGGUUCCAUUUGCCAGCAAAGAAAAUCUGACGUGAGAAGCUGUAAAGCAGGAAAACCUGGCAUUCUAGGCUAGGUUUUGUCACCAUGGAUUAGUGGUAGGAUUAAACAUACUGUUAAAUACUAAUUAUCUGAGUCUUCUUCACUCAGUAACACCAUCCAAUCUAAAGAGCCAAGCAUGGACAAUAUGCUUAUAUGAAAUUGGGGUCCCUAUCUGAAUGUAUGCUUCAGGCCUUCUUUGGUUCUAAAACCGGAGCGGCUCCAGCAGAUUCCAGGAACUACCUCAGAGAUCUCUUUUAGGAAGAGCACAGUCCUAGGAACAGCUGAGGUUCUGGUCCGCUGGUCGAGGAACUGAACCAGCGGAUUCCUCCUCCUUCCAACAUUGGAAGGAGGAGAUAAAAGCUUGAUACGAAAAAUAACUUUUAAAUCACUUAUUUUAGUUUGUUGGCAUUUCCCUAUUUAGUUGUGACUUUUUUUGAGCUGGCCAGUUUGAUACAAAUUUGAAACCCUGUAGUAUCAGCUUAAGUGUGUGAAUUCCUAUUAAACUGUUGAAACUAUACAGCAGGGAUAACGUCAGUCUUUGCAUCCAGUUUACUUAUCAAUUUCAUCAGAUAGUUGACAGUGUUGAAAAAGACAAAACAUGUUCUGGGGUAGAGAAAGCAUUUAUUUGGAGGGAAAAAAAACUUGAUUUGUAAUAAAGGCAGCCCUUUUAUAAAAGGAAAAAAAAA